GGAGGAGGAGGAGGAGGAGGAGAGAAUCCCUCUGCGCAGAAGACUUGGAGUCCAUCACGUGGAAAGGCCUACCUUGGACGUUGAAGACCUGCUUCGUUGAUGCCAAAGAGAUCCGGUACGCUUCGACCCAAUUCACACCGGGACCAGAACCAGGACCAGGAGCAGAUCAGGACCGGGACAAGAGUGUAGACCAGACGCGAUGUGGCUACACCAUGCCCCAUAUACUCUGUUUGCCACCGUCUCGGACCGAAGCCAGGGAUCAGUCCGUAUCCGUAUUCACGUCUACAAGCUGACUGAAUCCAACGAAACGCCUGGCAUAGCGACGUUAAAUCACCAGGAGCAAUUGACAGUCUCGUCCGAGUGCUUGCAAGCACCUCGGAUAUUGUGUUUUGGAAAGCUAUGUUCUGACGAGGACGCACUCCUGCGGCCUCACUUAAUCGUAUAUGAUGAUGUGCUUCAGCAGUUGGAGUGCCACUGUGUGGAAGUGGAGAAUCAGUCGGUCAUUGCCGCGAUCGGCUUGAGUCUAGGACGAGUGGAAUUUUGCCGCAUUGUUUCGAGCACAAGCAUUUGUAUUGGAUCAAAGAGCAGCAGGCGAGACCGUAUUGAUGGGUACGACCUGUACGAAUGGACCCCCAGCGAACAACGACUACUGCAGGGUCACUUGGAGACGAACUGCAUUGCCGGCAUCACAGAGGCAUUUGACAAUCGACCCUGGUGUCUAUUCUACGCCCAUCCCACGGAUGUCAAUCGCAUUACCGCCAGCCAAGGCUCGUCACUUGUAGGUCGUAUCCAGCACCAACAACACUCGCCACCAACCAUACAUGUCGCUGCAAUUCCUGCAGAGUACAAGGAAAAGCUGGUCCGCGUCGUUGUAGCAGACGAUACUGAACCAACUCCGUCAUUCAGUUGCGUAUGGGCGCAGACACGAUCGGGAGAAAUGGUGUUUUUCAAACAUGGUGUCUUGCAGUGGAGCACUGCACUGUCUUCAGUGCCAGUGGAACUUAUCCUUGCCGAAUGUCAAGCUGUUGACAGCAUCUCGCGGAUCUGUCUAUUGGCUCUGGCGGAUAUGAAUGCCUACUUGCUCGACGCAACUACAGGUCGGCUACUGAAAGACUGGACUGGGACCAAAGACGAUACUAUCUUGGCCGACAUUCGGGAUGUGGGACUCUGUUCUGUGUUGAUUUUGACUGGCCGCAGUCAGCACACCACCUUGAACUGCACCAUUUACCCAGCCUCGCCACGCGUACUCAUGGGCUUGCAAACAGCCCCAACGGAUGAAGGCGUCGCUAGAGCAAAGAUCCACAUGGAGAGCGCGCAUACGGCUUUGGAACAGCAGCUAGAGCUCAAGCAGAAAAGAAUUCAGCGUCUUCAGGACUCUCUUGUCAGCAAGGGCGACAUCAUACAGGACUGUCAGGAUAUGAUGGCUGGUCCCCUUCGGUCCAUAUUUAACACAGGAGGUGAUCACAGUUUCAACGAUUUUAUCAAUCGCGAAGGAUUGGUCUUGCUUCAAAGAAAAAGAAUGGAACGACAAAGACGGGUACUAGAGCGAUUGAUUCCAAUUGUGGGUAACACCCUGACCCCUACUUUAUUCGCACAACCAAACAAUGGGACGUCAGAUACAGAGAUCUUGGAUGCUGUCAAUCUUGUCAGUCCUGAUGAUCCUGGAAAUCUUUUAGUGACGACGAAAAGUGCUGCGGGAUGGAUUUCACCAGACUCAGUCUGGUUUGGUGUCGAAGUACGGAAUCAGUCCAAGGAAACUUUGUACAAUAUUCGUUUGUCAGCCUCGCAAUAUAACAUGCGUGGAUCACAUAUACCCCGAUUGCGUCCCAAAAACUGCAGUCUGCUUCUCGGUGUCAUCCAAGUGGAGUCUUCUUUACUUGCGGACGAUGAAUAUCUGGACAGAUCACGCACUGUGCAGAGAGUUCUUUCGAACACUGUGCAUGUGUUGUUUGAUCAUAAGCAGAGUCGAGACGAAGAUGCGGGCAUGAACUCGGUCUCAUUUUCAAUCCCACGAUUUCCUGACCUUGCGCACUGCUUCCAAGAAUGGCAGACUCCUCUCGCUGACAUCCUCCUGCCAUCACGCAUCGGAUGUCAACUCGGCAGUAUCGAACGAUCAAGGCUCAUGCUUCUGCUACAGGACGGGCUGAAUAUUUCCUGCAGCGAUGAUGGCGUUACGUUUGGAUCAUUAGAGGAAGGUCUGAUGGCGACUAUUGAGGCAACCGGACAGUCUGACGAUUCCUGGGACGUGGUCUUUCGGGCUCGGACCGAAGUCUUGGCAAGUCAAGCAGCAAGGAAGGCAGCCUUGCUCAGCCCGCGAUUCGUUUGAUGGACACUUUUAUUAGUCUUACAUAAUCAAUCAAGGAUUGGCAAGCAGUGUCCGAAUAGAUAGACCUAGACAAGUAUUUGUACUCUACUGUACUACUGUUACGCCAUCAAACAAAGGACCUCUAACACAC